CUGAACCAUACCAUGGUGACAACAUUCAUAAUUCUGGGCUUCCCUAAUACCAGAAAUAUAGAAAUUUCACUCUUUUUUGUCUUCCUUGCUAUGUACCUUCUAACCAUGACUGGCAACAUAAUCAUAAUCAUAGCAGUUAAGACAGACAGCCAUCUUCAAACCCCCAUGUACUACUUUUUAGGAAAUUUAUCUUUCUUGGACAUUGGCUAUACAUCUUCAACAGUCCCUAAACUGCUGUCCAUCUUGUUGAUGGAGGUGCACACAAUUUCCUUUGCUGCCUGCUUGCUACAGUCCUACUUUUUCUUUUUCCUUGGGACGGCAGAGUGUUUCCUCCUUGCGGUGAUGGCCUAUGACCGAUAUGUGGCCAUAUGCUAUCCACUCAGAUAUUCAAUAAUCAUGAAUAAAAGGGUGUGUGUGUUUCUUGUGAUUGGCUGCUGGGCAGGAGGCUGCCUGGCCCCUUUCGUAGCUGCUAUAGUGGUGGUGAACUUACCCUUCUGUGGACCCAAUGUAAUAAACCACUUUUUUUGUGACAUUCCACCAUUACUGAAACUGGCUUGCAUAGACACAUCUCUUAUACAGAAGAUUGUGUUCCUGCUUUCUGCUAUGGUGAUUCUGAGCACGUUCCUGUCCACUGUUGUCUCCUACAUAUACAUUAGUACAACCAUAUUGAGAAUAUCCUCCUCCCACGGGCGCCACAAGGCUUUCUCCACUUGUGCCUCCCAUCUUACUGUUGUCUCUCUGUAUUAUGGGACAGUGAUCUUCAUGUAUGUAAGUCCAACCACCCGUUCAUCUUUUGACCUCAACAAAAUCAUAGCGGUGGUGUACAGUGUGGUUACCCCAAUGCUCAACCCAAUGAUCUACACCCUGAGGAACAAGGAUAUGAAAGCAGCCUUGAAAAAAAUAAUCCACAAAAUGCAGAUUGCUAAGAAAGAGCUUGAGUUGCCCAAGGAAUUCCAUCUUUGA